AUGCCGCCGAAGGUUAAAGAAUCAUCAAAAAAAAUCUUACCACCUAUAACUCGACCAGAAAUUAGCAACACUAGUUUAAAUUACGUCCCAAAUGAUGCCAUAGAAGGCUAUCAAGAGAGAUUAGAAACGGGUGUUGAUUGGACUAUUGAAGAACAAGCAGUCCGUCAUAGAAAGAAAUGUUUCUACCAUCACCUACCUGAAGUUACUUUUUCUGAAGCAUUGAAUGCUAAAAUUAGUAAGAGUGUCCUUAGCGGAUUUCUGAACAAUAAUUCUAAAAUUAGUCUUUCAGACCAGUGGGAAUUAAUCCUACCAACCACACUCUGGGAUAUUGAGAAAUUUGCGAAUGAGGAAAGCAAAAUAUGCUUCCACAAUGCCAACUGCAUCACUGAUGACGUGAUAAACUUAAUCAAUAAAUCAGUACGAAAGAACGAUCGAAAUAUGUUGUUAAGAGACUUUAAAGAUGUCACCGUGUUGAGAGUAAAUGACUCACAAAUGACUACGUUAGAUAAAGGCAUAACCGGAUUUCGGAAACUGGUCCGCGUUAAUUUAUGUGGAAACUUCCUCAAUGAAAUAGAUAGUACCUUUAUUCCACGCGGGCUAAGAGUUCUAGAGUUGCAAAAUAAUAUGAUUGAAAAUGUAGAGACUAUUGCAACAAAUUUACCUUCUGGAUUAUUGUAUUUGGGGCUAGCAAAAAACAUUUUAGGUGGUAUCAACGGAUUGAAUACAUUACCCGAUAGUAUUACGGUUUUGGAUUUGUCAGAUAAUGACAUCUGUGAUUUAGAAUCUGCACUAAAUGGUCUUGCACAAUUACCAAGCCUCGUAUCGCUUCAGCUUGCCGGAAACCCAUGUUCAGUGUGUGCGGCUUAUGCUCGGACUACAAUAUCGAAACUAUCUAAUUUACAAUGGCUAGAUCUACGAGAAAUUCUUCAUACCGAUCGGUCCGAAGAAAACUCUGAGACGCAUCCCGACGAUUUACGUUCCACGUAUUUUAAUUUUACCGUUUUUCGAAUUAUUUCUGCCCCACAACCACCAAAAGUGGAUAAAGGAGCUAUUACAUCGUUUCAUGUAGAGCUGGAGCUUCCUUUAUUGGAUUCCGAUAGAAGAAGGUUUCUAAUGUUUCGAAACAACGAUUCGCUUAUUGAAAUGUUACCGCCACCUGAAGAUGAUAUAUACCUAGAACCUAGCAAGAUCUCAUCAACGAUAAAGAGCAAAACUGCCAUCGGUGAAACUUCUUCGAACGGUUCAGACCUGUAUCGUCUGUCUGCGGUAAACUCGCGUGAGAUCCGUCAUUUCACCACUUUCCAGAGCAAUAAAGUGCAAUGGAACAAAAUCAUGAGUUUUCAGGAGCCAGCUGUAAGAAUAUUCUGCCCAAACCUAGUUGCACUGAGAGACACUUUUCGGACGGUCGUAACUAUAAGACUCAUUUAUACGAUGAGCAUUCCUUCGAAACAAAGUAAAGUCGAUAAGAAAAGCGCGCAUUUGAUACGGCCCCUUCCUAAUGAACAACGGGCCACGAUUGCUACAAUCAAGUGCACUCUAAAAAGGCCAGACUGGAGCCAGCCUGCACAGCACUUCCACUGGGACGACUCGCUUGGUACAGUUGAUGCGAUUCACUGGGGUGACGGUGACCUCUCGACGGUGCAAUACACUCAAGCGCCCGCGAAAGUAACGAAGGGCAAGACGGACGCCGACCAAGGAUCGUCCAGGCAGCAACCACCCGAAAAUUUAACCUGUCAUUUUGGCUUUGGAAUUGACACUUUGAGCGUU